CUUUGUGGGGACUCUGAUAAGUAGCUGCACAUUGAAACCCUCAUUUGGUUAACGGUUUUUUUUUGCAGACAAAUAAUAGAAGAUCGAGAGAGAGAGAGUACCAAUGUGUGGAUACAGAAUUAGUGCUCAGAAUCUCUUGAACAGAAAUGUUAUCAUCUCUAUCUUCUAGUUCUCGGCAAGAAAAGCGGCAACAUUGAUGAAGGGAUGGUCGAGACUAACAGAAGCAUAGAUGGAGGGGAAUUUGUAGAGAGAGAGAGAGCGUGGGGUUCCUUAAAAGGGUUUCUCCCUUUUCCUGUCUGUUCCUUUCAUAGUUAGUAGGAGAAGCAAUGAUGAAUUAGAGACCUGGGACUGGCAUGAAAAUAGAGUGGCUCUGGGAUUGGAGUUCUGCACUUUAUCUUUUUCAAGUUCGUUGUACAUCUGACUUAACACUGAUCUCAAGCUGAUACGUUUGCACCCUAGCUUCUAACAUAUCAGCAACUCUGGGUGUACUGCACAUUGUCACUGGAAAAUAUAUGGAGUUGCAUGCAGCUGAACAUUGAGUAUUCCCAUGGUUAAUACAACAUUUUUCCUAUGGAUAAUUUAAAUAUUUAAUGCAACUUUUUUUUUUCUUAAUAAAUUUAGGGCCCAUGUUUUUGUUUCACAUCUUACUAUGUGUGUUAAAGAUACAAAAAAGGGGUUUUCUGAAAUAUUAGGAAGUUAGGGAAGGUCUCUUUAAAUGUUUUGUUACUUUUAGUGGACUUCUCUUGUAAUUUUCCCUAACCCUAAUCUCUUAAUAGAGAUUAAGGUCACGUAAUGCAAGAUAACUUUUUGCUGCCUCUCUCUCUCUCUCGUAACAUGGUAUCAGAGCGGGUGUGGGCGUCGACGGCAGAGUGCACUUUCCUGUGACCUUCUCCGGCGAUCACCAUCUUCUCUGGCGACAAUUUUUCCGGCGAACAGCCAAGUGAGUUCGUUCCUUUUUUUUUCUUUCGUUCUCUCCCUUGUCACCGCUACUCCUUAUUCCCUCUUAUCACCCAAUAAGGAGACAGUGAGGGAAUAGGGGUUGGGCGUGCCGUGAGAAGGAGGACCUGAUCACGCCUAUGUGGAAGGCGUGAUCAGAUCCUCAUAUUGGUCGUAUGAAGAGACUAUUGUGGAUGCAGCGUGACGUGUGACGCUGUGGUUUGUGAUGAUCGUAAAUACAGUUUCGGUAAAGUCAAGCUGCGUGAGGUGUUGUGGAUGCUUUGUGGAGUCUAUGUGCUGCUUAUAAAUUCAAGUUUUUGAAUAUGAUCAGAUUUUUUCUAUAGAUCGUGGAUACAAAUUCAGUAAAGAAAGGCUGCGUGAGGACUGUUGCUGAUCCUUAGUACAAGUUUUUUGUUUGAUUUCGUGGAUUUCUUUGACACGUGGACAGGAAGUUUUAUGAGAACUAGCUGCUGUUAUAAGUGGCAGCAGUCUUCAGUCGUUGGGAGCAACAGUCUUCAGUCGUUGGGAGUUCAUUCUUGUUUUUGUCAUCGGCUGAACCAGAUCUGAAGUGACAGUAAUUUCCUAGCCCUCUUUCUUUAAACGUUUGCGUCAAUCUGGUCUUUUUUAUUUACUAUGGCUGAAAACAGUAAAUCUGAAGGGUCUAAUGACUACAAGAUGGUUGGGAAUUCAUUCUCUUAUGGAACCACGAUGAAACUUAAUGGCUCAAAUUAUGAAAUAUGGUCUAGGGUAUUCAUAAUGUCGGUGGCUGGUCAUAGGAAGAAAUAUAUUCUUGAGGAGGAUGAACCUAUUGAGAAAAAAGGAAUAUAUGCUGCGUGGGAUGAAGAUAAUUAUAUUGUUAUGUCUUGGAUUAUGAAUAGUGUGGAGUCUCAUAUAGCCCCAACUAUUGCAUAUUAUACCAAGGCCAAGGAUAUGUGGUCUUUCUUGAGAAAGACAUACUCGCAUGCCACUAAUGUAAUCAAGAUCCUACAACUAGAAGAGGAGUUAUGCAACAUUCGACAAGGGGAUCAGGACCUAUCUCAAUAUUUUGCUACUUUGACUGCUGCAUAUGAACGGUUAAAGGCUCUUCGCCCACCUUGCCAGCAUUGUUAUGCAUCACACGUUGAGACUGGUAUGGUGGCAAAGUUCUUAUCUGGCCUAUCUUCAGAAUACUCUGUGGCAAAGUCUCAAAUUCUAACAGGCAGUGAACUUCCAGAUUUAGCAGACACGUAUAAUAGGCUGAGUCGCUUUGCAGCCACUCUUUCUCAGACUACGCAUGACAUACCAGUCUCUGCACUUGUGAUAUCAGGAGGACGGGGCCCUAGUUCUUUUGGAGGCACUAGGGGGCGUGGUACAGGCCGUGGUGCUGGACGUGGCAGAUUUCAGUGCUCUUAUUGUGGCAAAAUUGGUCAUCUAGAGGACCGUUGUUGGGACAAAUAUCCUCACCUCAGGUCUAAUGUUUCCUCUGGACGUGGUGGAGGUAGAAUCACCACAAGCAGAGGUCCUUCUUCAUCCCAGGCAACUCAUUCAAAGGCAACAAUAUCUAUGGUUGAGUCUUCUACUGAUCCUUCUAUAUCUAUGUCAUAUUCUCUUAACCUAAGUAAGGAUGAAUAUGAUCGUGUUCUUGCUCAGAGGUCUGGCUCUACAUCUGCCUCUACAUCUACAAUGCUGCUGUUGUAGAUUCAGCAUUCUCUGUUGGUGCUCCUACUGCUGAUCCAGGACUUACCAACUGGGAAGAUGAUUGGUGGCGGCCAUGAGCGUGAGGGCCUUUAUUUUUUGUCAAUCCCAGUUGAUGUUGCUGCAUCUUCAGUCCCUUCCAAGCCUUCUCCCUUCCAAUGGCAUCUCAGAUUGGGUCAUCCUUCCGUACCAAAACUUCGUCGCAUGUUUCCAGACAUUCCUGCAUCAGAGUCCUUCUUAUGUGAUGCCUGCCAGUUGGGCAAGCAUACACGGAGCAGCUUUCCUUCGAGUCAGAGUCCAUCGAGUCAGAGUCCUUUUGAUCUCAUUCAUGUGGAUGUAUGGGGUCCUAGUCGGGUUCCUUUUCGAUCAUGUUUUCGAUAUUAUCUUGUUCUAGUUGAUGAUUUUACUAGAGUCAGUUGGGUUUUCUUGUUAAGGGAAAGAUCUGAAGUCAUAUGUAUUCUUCAAAAAUUUAUCAAGGAAAUAAAAACUCAGUUUGGA